AUGAAAAUUUCAUCUAGAAUAGCAGUAUCAUGCUUCUCGAGAUAUUUUCACAAGAUUGCUAGCGUUAAGAGCAGGAGUGCAGGAAGGAACGGCAUACAGCUUUUUAUUUUAACUAGAUAUUUUUCAAUGAAAACUAGAGCAUGCAGUUCCGAUAUAGAAAUCGAUCUAUAUAAAUCAAGUGAGACAAUAUAUGCCCUCUCCACUGCACCUGGAAGAGCUGCUAUUGCUACUAUUCGAAUCUCUGGACCACAUUCACUUCUGAUAUAUAACAGUCUCUGUCCUGCAACUUUACUCCCAAGGCCCCGCCAAGCUGUGAUUCGCAAACUUUACGAUCCUCUUAACCGUAAAAUUAUACUAGAUAAUACUGCACUUGUUCUUCAUUUUCCGGCACCCAAGUCAGUGACUGGAGAAGAUGUCCUUGAAUUCCAUAUUCAUGGAGGACCAGCAACUCAGAAAGCAGUCUUAUCAUCUAUUUCAAAGUGUGCGUCAACCAUGAAUUCUAUUCGUUAUGCAGAGCCAGGAGAGUUCACCCGAAGAGCAUUUUAUAAUAAUAAGAUUGACCUAGCGCAGGUUGAAGCCCUCUCUGAUAUGCUAUCUGCUGAAACAGAACAGCAAAGACGCGCUGCAGUGCGUGCAGAUUCGAACAAGCUAGGAAAAUUAUAUGAUUCAUGGCGAGAAAAACUGCUGCAUGCACGUGGGGAGAUAGAAGCCUUGAUUGAUUUUUCCGAAGACCAGCAUUUUGAUGUUUCGUCGACUGAGCUACUGGCAAAUGUUACCCGGCGUGUUAACGAGAUUGUGUGUGAAACUUUUAAACACGAGGCCGCAAGUCACUGCGGAGAACUACUUAGAAAAGGAAUUAAAAUAUCACUACUUGGUCCACCUAAUACAGGGAAAAGCUCACUCCUUAAUAGGAUUGUUAAGAGAGAAGCAUCUAUUGUAAGUCAAGAAGCAGGAACCACUCGGGACAUAGUUGAAAUGAGUCUUGAGAUUCAUGGCUACCUAUGCACCAUCGCAGAUACUGCAGGCUUGAGAAGUGGCACAACUCAAAACACAUGGAAUCCCAUAAUAGGCAAAAUCGAAGAAGAGGGAAUCCGAAGAGCAAAACUAAAAGCUAGCGAGUCAGAUAUAGUAAUCUUAAUGUCCUCAUUGGAGUUCAAUGAAUCCUCAAACCAUUACUUUAUAGAGGUUGAUAUGAAUUCAUUGGGUCUAUUAAAAAAUACUAAAUAUUCCCUGAUCAUUGUCAAUAAAUGUGAUCUAGCCAUCUGCUCGGAUCAUCUCAAAACACUCCUAGAUAAUUUCAAAUCCAGAGUAGCAAAAGAAUAUUUUCCAAAUACGCCUCCAGAGAUUAUACCGGUGUCUUGCCAUAUCCUUGAUACUAAGACACAAAAUCUUGAGAAUGAUCAGGGGAAUAUUCCAUAUCUGAUAUCGAGGAUAGCUUGUCUAUUCAAAGAAAUGACCGACAUGCCGAUAGAUAUGAGAGAUCUCAUAGGUGUUACUGAACGCCAACAGCUCCUUCUUUCUUCUUGCCGCACCCACCUCCAAAACUUCAAAAACGAAACUGAUAUUGUUCUUGCAGCUGAAAAUCUCAGGCUCGCUGCAACCUACCUAGCAAGAAUUACAGGAAGAGGAGAAGCAGCAGACACUGAAGAGAUACUUGGAAUAAUCUUUGAUAAGUUUUGCAUAGGUAAAUGA